AAGAUUUUCACACACACAAUGAUUUUCCGUUUCCUCUGAAAGUCGAAAUCCCUGUUUUAUUUUUACGGUACGUAGGCCUAGCUUGGCUUUUUUCUACAUUAUUGAAAUGUUGUCGAAAAGGAAGUUCCACAUGAUGAUGCAGAGAGAUUUUAAUAUGAUGCCUAUGCUGAUGGUAAUGGUAUUUAUUGUACUAUGUUUAUGUUGUUUAUUAGCUGUGGAAGGGGUUGAACAACCUAUUAUAGUUCAUGAGGCUGGUGUAGCUGAAUUAUACUUCAACUAUAGAUAUAUAAACUCAACCGAACCACCUAUUUUGAGAUUUUCAAAAUUUGAAACCAAUGGCGAGUUAACUUACAUAGGUACAUACCAUAAUGGAAGUAGUAAUGUUGAAGAUAGGUUCAAAGCAAGGAUAGACUUACUUACUGGGAAGCUCAGGAUUAAUUCGACAAUGCGUGAAGAUUCUGGAUGUUAUGAAUGUGAAUUGCAGAUUUUACGUGAUCAGCUUUUCAUAAAAAAAACAGUUAAUCUCACUGUUUUAUAUUUGGACAUGCCAGUAAUCGUCUCACCGAAAAACGUUGUAGAGGGUGAUUUGUUGGAUAUUUUGUGCUACAGUGGUGCUGCUUAUCCUGAUCCAAUACUAACUCUUUUUAAGGGUCAACAGCUGAUACAUAAUAAGACUGGCACUAUAUUAAAUCAUACCAUCAGCAAAGCAACAAGGAAUGAUACUGGGGAUUACAUCUGUCGUGCAACUAAUGACGUGGGGAGCAAGGAUAGUUACUUAAUGAGAAUACAUAUCAAAUAUUCAAAUCAUUCAAAGGAAGAUAAGGAAGAUACACCCAGUAAUCAGCCUACAAGUAAAGCAAUAAAAUUAGGGAUAGGUGUGGGCAUACCAUCAUUUCUUCUUCUUCUGGUGAUUAUUGCAUUUAUUAGUGGGAAACAUGCCAACUUUACAGAACGCAACUUAACAAGUUAGUAAAAAUAAAUUUGUAACAUACUGUUUUUUUCUUUGUAGAGUCAAGAAAUUUCAGGUGAGAAAACUUUGAUUAAUUUCAUAACUAGAUAGAUAUUCAUUUAUUUUUUUUGCAUCUUAAUAAAUAAUGUAUUAUAACUACAAAUAGAGAUACUAUGUUCAAUAGAGCAUGACAACAGUAAUUUUUCAUGGUUUGACCCAAGAUGACCCCAGUGACCUUUGACCUCAAGCUGUGAACACCCCAUGUUUGGUUGGAGUCCAGUCAUUUGUCACUAGCAAUAUUUGAUAAUUUUCACCCUAAUGACCCCUGUGACAUUUGACUUUUGACCUUAAUUGACAUUAAGAGCAUAUUAAAACAUAAUAUUUACAAUGUCCUAAAGUAUCAUCUGUAAUGAAUUAGAGCUACAUCAAAAAAUAUGGAAAAGACUGACCUUUGACCCAUAGGAUGAAGAGUAUUUUUUUUCAUGUUUGGAAGGUCCUAAGGAUCAUUCCUGAUAAAUUUGAGCUCAAUUGGGAUAUUUUUUUGCAAAUUUGACCCCUAUGUGGAUCUGUACUGAUAGAUCUGAGAGCCAUUUGUAUCAUGAAAUUGUACAUUUUUUUUUCUCUUGGACCAAUUAGCAACAAGCUUGGUUUGUUCAAACCAAUCGAAAGCCUACUUAACGCAAACAACCGUGUUCCGUGCAUGACGUAAACGCAGCGUUGAAAAACUCACAAUUAUUUGUCUGGGCUCCAGACCGGAUCCGGGUUUGACUGUGCUAUGUUAUUUGUGAGAGAAGCAGUCUUAUACGAUAUUUGGUUUUUUAACCCUUGCAGCACUAUGAAGGGAUGGGGGACUACAGCCCUCCCCCUCCCAAUUAUUCGGGAAGAAAAUAAAAAUUCAAAAAAAAUAUUAUUAUUAUUAUAUGUAUUUUGUACUCUAAAAUUGAUUAAUUAAGCCUUUGAAACCCCUAAAUUGUCAUAUUUUCGGGGGCUACGUCCUAUGGACUACUUUUUUUUUUUUCUCGUUGGGGGACAUCAGCCCCAAAUGUUGACAGAAAGAAAGGAGAAUCUGCUCAGAAACAACCCAGUCAGCCUGCUGCUGACUGGGUAAGAAAAUAAUCAGUCUUAUGAUAAUGCAUCAUGCCAAUGAGCCUUAUUGUCUUCACAUACAGUGAAAUUAUUAUUAAAUAUUAUUUAAAAGGCUAUACAGUUGAAGUUAAUGGCAUUGAAAAAUUGUUUGUCAGCCAAGGGAGAAGGGGAGGAUAUAUUUCCAGACUAUCACUUACAUAAAGACACCAUCUGCCAAUCAGACUGACAGACCAAUCACUAAGUAUUUCAGUAUGGGGUGCCAUACGCCGCAAAAGUCCAUGUUAAAAUUAAAAUGUAAUUGCAAAAUUCAAUGUCUAAUUUAUCAAAACAUAGUGAAGACAAUAUGAAGCCUAGGUUAGGCCUAGCCUAUAAUGCCUAGCUUAGGGCUCCUGAUCGCGGUACCCUGACCAUUAGAGACGUACUGGGAAGCAUUGUUCACAUUAUUGGACUGCAGUGAAAAUUGAUUCCCCUAUCAUUAAUGCAACAGGCACAUGUCAUGCUUGGCUAGUUUUGAUUUACAUUUUGCAUGUCUAGUUGUAAAAUGUUAUUCAAACCAGUCAUGCUUGGCUGGUUUUUGAUUAAUGUUUUGGAACAGAAUUUGGAGAGGGCGUUUGAGACCUACGUUUUGAAUUUGAAUUACAUUUUAAUCAGAACUACAUUUUGGAAAAUUUGAACUACGUUUUGAAAAAUUAGAACUUCAUUUGGGAAACUACAGUAGACCAACAUUUUGAGAAAUUCACACCUAUGUUUUUAUAUAAUGGACAUUGAAUUUUGCAAUUGCAUUUUGAUUUUAACAUGGACUUUUGCUUUGUAUGGCACCACAUAAUUCAGGGCUGUCCCAUUAAUUAAACCUAUUGCCCAAAAGAGCUGUUACAACAAAGGGGGUAAUUUUGUUACAAUACUUUUUUUGGGGUUUUUUUUUCUAUUAACAUAAUUUCAGAUUAAAAGUCUUUUUUUAUGCUAGCCACAGCUUAAGCAAAUAUGACUUCAUGUGCAACUUACAACAUUUAAAUCACAGAGUGCGGCCCGACAGUGACUUUUUGCGCCCUACGAAAAUGAAGCAACAGUGGCUAUAAAACAUCUAAUUUUUUACGCCCCAACACCGAUUAUAUGUAAAAAGUAACAUUAAACUGAAAAUAAAGUGGUGUAAAAGCACUGCUGUUAGGUUUUUGGAAGCUCAAUGGAAACAUCAAAUUUUUGGGUGCACCCAUCAGUGUUAAAUCCAAAAUACACUUUGGCCCUCCGACCGAUUUUUAUGCCCACCCCUGAUUUAAAUAUUUAUUGCAAUCACAUUCAUACGUAUUUGAAUUUCAUUUUGAUGAAAUUCAAUAUUAUUCUUAUAUUAUAUUUCAGAAUAACCAAGGUGAUGAUGUUACAAGAACUCAAAAUACGGUUGAAAUGCAUCCAGUAUUACAAAAUGGGAUCCAAAACAAUGGUCGUUAAUAAAACAUUAUUAAGGAUAAGUGUUACAGGAUUUCAAUUUAUAUAUUAUUAUG